AUGGCCAAAAAGGGAGACAAGAACAACAGAAGAUCGUCAAUAGCAGAGAAUAUGAAGAAAAGCGAAACUAUAGAAAUAGCAAAUGGAGAAGCUGAUCAUAGUAAAUUCAGCGUGAUUCGACAGGGUAACGAAUAUAAUGUCCCAAAAGAGAUUAAGCACUGGAACGAAUUAAAGCAAGAAUGCACAACAACCGAAGAGAUCCACAACACAGUGAGACGUUUGCCUUUGGAUAAUGUUUUACCUUUACUACAAGAACUAUUAGAAAAAUUCGAUGUUCAGCAAGCAAGAGAUACAGAAUUAACGGAAUGGAUCAAGGCUGUCCUUUUGACACACACAGCUUAUUUUAUGUCGCUACCGGAAAUUGUGCAGCAAUUGUCUGAUCUAUAUAAUGAGCUGAAUGUUCGAUUGACUGUAUAUCCCAAACUGCUAGCUAUGCAUGGUCGACUGGGGCUUAUACAAAGACAAAUUGAUUAUCGCAAUCGUAAAGAAGAGGAUGAAAGUGAAGAUGAAGAUGAAGAGGAUGUGAAAGUGUUUAGUGAAAGUGAAGAUGAGGAUGCUGAAGAUGAUGCUGUGGCCUAUGGUGAUGAAGAAGACGAUGAAGACAAUGAUGAUUUAAUGGAUAUUGAUGAUAGUCACGGCCAUGACAAUAAUAACGAUGAGGAAACCAUGUUUGCUGAGGAAGAAGAGGAUUAUCUGAAUACAGAAGACGAAGAAGAUGAAGAAGAUUUGAGUGAAAGUGAAGCUGAAGAGUAA